AUGAGUGGUUACGAGGAGGAAGAGGAGGACAGAGCAGAGUCGCCAGGGUUCAGCUGUGUGUCUCUGAAGAGUGACUGGUCCAAAGGUCUUCCACUAAACUUCAGUAAUGAACCUGGACCCUCACACACAAAAGGUCAGGACCACAGACUGAGAGCAGAAUCUCCAGAGUUCAGCUGUCGGUCUUUGAAGAGUGACCAGUCCAAAGAUCCUCCUCUAGACUUCAGUAAUGAACCUGGACCGUCACACACAGAAGAGAGGAAGAGGAGUCAUGUUUCUGAGGAGGAGCAGUCGUCCUGCUGUGCUUCGUGUCAGGACGUCCUGAAGGAUCCACUCUCCAGCAGCUGUGGACACUGGUUCACCUUGGACCAGUCUGGUCCCAGUAUAGACCAGUCUGGAGACUCCUCCUGUCCCCAGUGUGGACAAAGAUCCAGAAGAGGAGCUGGACGUCAGACAGCCGGUCAGAGCAGCACUGUACAAGCAGAUCGUGGUCUGCAGGAGGUUUCAGAUGAACAUAAGCUCAGUGUGAGGAGGAGAUGUGAACAUGUGACUGAAGGAAGUGAUGAAACAGGAAGUAGAACCCUCCUCAACAGGAUCUACACUGAGCUCUACAUCACAGAGGGACAAAGUGAAGAGGUUAAUACACAUGAGAUGAGGCAGCUUGAGACGACUUCAAAGAUGAGGAUCCUCCAGGACACUCCCAUCAAGGUCCACGACAUCUUUAAAGCCUCCACUGACCAGCAGAGCAGCAUCAGAGUCGUCCUGACCAACGGCGUCGCUGGCGUUGGAAAAACCUUCUCGGUGCAGAAGUUAACUCUGGACUGGGCAGAGGGUUUAGAAAACCAGGAUGUGGGUCUGCUGACUGUGCUUUCGUUCAGGGAGCUGAACCUGGUGAAGGACCAGCAGCACAGUCUUCUCACGCUGCUCCAUGUUUUCCAUCCAGCGUUACAGAAGCUCACGGCAGAGACGCUCGCUGUCUGUAAACCUUUGUUCAUCUUUGACGGCCUGGAUGAGAGCAGACCUUCUCUGGACUUCAACCACAGGGAGCUUGUGUCUGAGGUCACACAGAGGUCAUCAGUCAACGUGCUGCUGACAAACCUCAUCCGGGGGAAUCUGCUUCCCUCAGCUCUCGUCUGGAUAACCUCCAGACCUGCAGCGGCCAAUCAGAUCCCUCCUUCAUGUGUUGACAGGGUCACAGAAGUACGAGGCUUCACUGAUGCCCAGAAGGAGGAGUACUUCAGGAGGAGAUUCAGUGAUGAAGACCUGUGCAGCAGAAUCAUCUCACACAUCAAGACGUCCAGGAGCCUCCACAUCAUGUGUCAAAUCCCAGUCUUCUGCUGGAUCAGUGCUACAGUUCUGGAGCACAUGUUGACCACAGACAAGAGAGGAGAGCUGCCCAAGACCCUGACUGACCUGUACUCACACUUCCUGCUGGUUCAGACAAAGAGGAAGAACAACAAAUACGGUGAGGGACAUGUGAGGACUCGACAGCAGCUGACGGAGGCUGACAGGGACGUUCUCCUGAAGCUGGGGAGGCUGGCACUUAAACAUCUGGAUAAAGGAAACAUCAUGUUCUACCAAGAAGACCUGGAGCGGUGUGGUCUUAAUGUCACAGAGGCCUCGGUGUACUCAGGAGUUUGUACUGAGAUAUUCAGAAGAGAGUGUGUGAUCUUCCAGAAAUCAGUCUACUGCUUUGUUCAUCUGAGCGUUCAGGAGUUUCUGGCUGCAGUCUACAUGUUCCACUGUUACACCAAGAGGAACACAGAAGAACUCAACAACUUCUUGGGAACAUAUUCGUACACACACAGUACCUUCUCCCUGGAUGACGUCCUGAAGAGUACCAUGGAGAAAUCCCUCACCAGUAAAAAUGGUCACCUGGACCUGUUUGUUCGCUUCCUUCACGGCCUCAGUCUGGAGUCCAACCAGAGAGUCUUAAGAGGCCUGCUGGGUCAGACAGGGAACAAUCCAAAUAUCAUCCAGAGAGUCUUAGGAGGCCUGCUGGGAGGCCUGCUGGGUCGGACAGAGAACAAUCCAGAGAUCAUCCAGAGAGUCAUCAACAACCUGAAGGAGAUGCAGACUGAUGACAUUUCUCCUGACAGAAGCAUCAACAUCUUCCACUGUCUGACUGAGAUGAACGACCACUCAGUUCAUCAGCAGAUGAAACAGUUCCUGAUGUCAGAGAACAAAUCAAAGGAGAAACUCUCAGAGAUCCAUUGCUCAGCUCUGGCCUACAUGCUGCAGAUGUCAGAGGAGGUUCUGGAUGACUUGGACCUGGAGAAGUUCAACACAUCAGACCAGGGCCGACAAAGACUGAUCCCGGCUGUGAGGAACUGCAGGAAGGCUCAACUCAGUGGUUGUCGACUCUCAGACACUCACUGUGAAGUUGUGGCCUCAGCUCUGAAGUCAGACCCCUCACAUCUAAGAGAACUGAAUCUGAGUGUAAACUCCUUGAAGGAUUCAGGAGUGAAGCUGCUGUGUUCUGGACUGGAGAGUCCAAACUGUCGACUGGAGACUCUGAGGUUGUGGAGCUGCAGUCUGUCAGGGAUCAGCUGUUCUUCUCUGGCUUCAGCUCUGAGGUCAAACCCCUGUCAUCUGAGAAAACUGGAUCUGAGUAACAACAAGAUGCAGGACUCAGCAGUGAAGGAGCUGUGUGGUUUUCUACAGAGUCCAACCUGUCAACUGGAGACUCUGAGGUUGAAGAGCUGCAGUCUGUCAGAGAUCAGCUGUUCUUCUCUGGCUUCAGCUCUUAGGUCAAACCCCUCUCAUCUGAGAGAACUGGAUCUGAGUAAAAACGACGACCUGCAGGACUCAGGAGUGAAGGAGUUGCUUGAUCUACAGCAGAGUCCAACCUGUCGACUGGAGACUCUGAGACUUAUUAGUUGUCGACUUUUAGAUAUUCACUGUGAAGUCGUGGCCUCAGCUCUGAAGUCAGACCCCUCACAUCUGAGAGAACUGGAUCUGAGUGGAAACGAACUGCAGGAUUCAGAAGUGAAGCUGCUGUGUUCUGGACUGGAGAGUCCAAACUGUCAACUGGAGAAUCUGAGGAUGUAUCAGUGCAGUCUGUCAGAGAUCAGCUGUUCUUCUCUGGCUUCAGCUCUGAGGUCAAACCCCUCUCAUCUGAAAGAACUGGAUCUGACUAACAACAACCUGCAGGACUCAGGAGUGAAGGAGCUGUGUGGUUUUCUACAGAGUCCAACCUGUCGACUGGAGACUCUGAGGUUGAAGAGCUGCAGUCUGUCAGAGAUCAGCUGUUCUUCUCUGGCCUCAGCUUUGAGGUCAAACCCCUCUCAUCUGAUAGAACUGGAUCUGACGAACAACAACGACCUACAGGACUCAGGUGUGAAGGAGCUGCUUGAACUAAAGCACAGUUCAGACUGUCGACUGCAGACUCUGAGGUGGGAGCUGUCUUGGUGAGUGUGAAGAGGACAGUGUGUGUGGAUGGAGGCUGAGCUGUGUCCUGAGGAUCCAGAGGCUGAAGCAGCAGCAGCUUGUGUGUAGAGCGGCUCUGACUGGGCCUUGUUGCUGGGAGGCAGAGUGGAGACAGAGCUCCAGAGGAAUCACAGGAGGUGAGCUGCUCUGAGAUCAGCUGUCACACAGUGUCCAGUCCACCGUCCUCCCUGUGUGUUCCUGUGGAUGUGACACAGCAUCAUCAGUGGAUCUGCUGCUGCUCUGUCCUUUGACUCACAAAAGUCAAAGUCGUGAAUAUUUCCAGGUUAUGUGAAGAAAAUUGUGCACAUUUUAUGCAAAUUUUACUUUUAAAUGUAAAAAGUGACAUUAUAUUUACAGGUCGGGUCGUGAAGCUGGGAGUCGCUGUUAUAAAUAAAUUACUGCUGAGUUCAGACAAGCUUCUUAUAUUUUAAAACAUCAGGAUGUUUUAUUCACUUCGUUGACAUGAAUCAUUUCUUUAUUUUUUACAUGAAAAUA